AUGCUGCAGCCCCGUGUCGCCGUCGUGCUCAACGUGCCUCAGCCGUGGCAUCCCUGGCUCUUCGCUCUGCGCCUCUGCUCCAUCCUGCCGGCCCUGUGGUGGGGGUUGCCCUCGCUGCUUCGCCUGCUCCUAUACUUCCUGCCCGGGCCGCCGGAUCAGUUUAUGCUCCUUUCUUGGCCCAGGCUCAUCAACUACACCCCUCAAGCCACCGUUGUGCGCCUCCUCUCCAUCAACGCCGUCAAUGCCUACCUUACUCUCAAUGUGCUAUCCAUUACCGGUGGCUUUCAAGACCCUCGAUUGCUUCUCCCCGGCUGGGUUAGCAUAGCAACAUCCCUCACCAUCUGCUACCACGUCACUCACCAAAAGAUCAACAUUCGAAAAGAAACAAUCACAUCGGUCAACGUCUUCUCGAUAGCGAGCUACAUCACGAUGAUUGUGCUGCUGGCUCACAUGCAGUUGUACCAGCCCGACUACCCCACCAUGCCCAUUGUGACGACGACCAACCGCCUGUGGCAGAGUGGCAAGCGGCUCGUAGCCAGUAUACAAGGCGCCGCCCCUUGA